AUGCGUGCACGUCUUGCCGUCUUCUGGGCGUACUUCACAUCUUGUUCAGCAUACUCCACUUGGUGCGGAAAGUAUUAUGAGCUGGCAGCGCCCCACACCCCGCCAGCUCCCGACAGCUACUUUGUCUUUCCCAAAUCAUCCUCCACGCCUCUGCUAGACUUUCGUUGUACCCCAGCCAGCUCCAUAUACAUCAGUGGGGACCUUCAUGACCUUCCAGAGAUCAUCAUGGACGCGAGUCUGACGUAUGAUGUGGGACUGCCAGUGAAGGGCAUUCGAGGCGAGCUCCUUCAAGUCCAGAUCUUUGUCGACGGCGUCCCAAUUACUUCAGCGAUGGUUCCUCUCGGCUCUAUAGGUCAUAUGGUCUCCAUCCCGCUGGAAGGUGUUUCUCCGAGGGUACAGGCGCGGUCCCUCCGCUGCACUGUGAAGCUGGGAUCCCAUGAAUACACCUCCCACGCGGAGCUCCGAUAUAUGCCCGAGAAGAAGGCUGGAUCCAUUGUCAAGCUGGACAGGCGGACAGGCGGUACAUGGGCACGGAGAAAGGGAGAGUGGAAGAGCUUCAUCCCCUUUGGCUGGUAUGAUAGCAUCGAUACUGCCGAGACGCCCUCGAGUCAACUAUUUGACUGGUGGUCGCCUUCCCGUCCCCCUACCAAUGCCCAACGCCUCGAUAGGGCUCACUCGCUCGGCUCCAAUAUGAUCCACCCGGUGCCUCCGGGUAAAACUUAUCAACCAGAUGGACCCGCUGCCAUCAACGCUUAUUUCGAUCGUGCUGAGGAGCUCGGCCUCUGGAUCAUGUACGAUAUGCGCCACGCCCUCCUCGAUCUAGCGUCAAUUGAAGAACAAGUUCUUGCCUUUCGAGACCGCCCCAAUCUCCUCACUUGGUAUAUUGCCGAUGAGCCGGACGGACCCCCCACCCCUCUCGACGCCGUCAUCAAAGCUCGAGACCUCAUCCACCGACUCGAUCCCUACCACCCGAUUUCCCUUGUCCUGAACUGCAACGAUCACUACUGGACGGCCUUUACUGCCGGUACCGAUAUACUCCUCGCCGACGUCUACUCGAUUGCCAUAAAUCCCAUCUAUUCCAAAAAGUGGUCGACCCCAGUUACGCCUACAUUCGGUGCCAGCGGAUGCGACGGCUGCCAAGGCAACUUUUACGAUCUUGCCGAUAGGCUAGAUAGCUGGGAGGAGAAGAAACGGGUAACGGGGAGGAAACGGGAUCUGGUCACUUGGGUUGUACCUCAAGCCUUCGACGAUCAGGGGGAGGAGUUUUGGUGGCGAGUACCGGAGGGAAGGGAGGAGGCGGUUCAGGUCAUUCUCGCCUGGAACCAUGGAGUCAUGGGGCACUGUGCCUGGUUAGCGUCCAGCUCUACCCCUGACCUCCUCAAUAACGCUUCAUUUAUCGCCUCUCACCUCUACUCUCAAUCCUCCUUCCUCAUCGAUCGAGCUUACUCUCGGAGGCCCAUCCGUACCACCCAGCCCCUAGACGGAGAGAAUGGGAUAGAUGUGGCCUCUUGGACAAAACCCCUUUCUGGCGGGAUUACCGAAACACUCGUCAUGGCGGCUCAGCUCAACUACAUUGGCCCAGACGCCAGAGUGGACUUUGGAAUUCUCGGCGUCAAGGGCAAGAUCAAAGAGGUGUUGUUCGGAGGCGUGUAUCAGGAUGGAGGAGUGCGGUUUAGGAUGGGACGAAUCAGCGUGGCGGCGGUGAUAUUGCGUCACGUCCCUGAGGAAGACAGUCUGUUAGCAAUCGGCCCGCCGCAAUUGCGAAUGGGUAUAGGCCAGCCUAUGUGCAUACUCUAA